AUGUUUUCGUUUGGCGGAAAAUCUCUAAUAUUUGACUCUUUCCCCGACCCAUCCGACAUAUGGGAAAUUGUUGAGACGAUUGGUAAAGGAACUUACGGCAAAGUUUUUAAAGUAAUGCACAAGCACAAUGGAAGCAAAGCUGCAGUGAAAAUCCUGGAUCCAUUUCAUGAGGAUAUUGAUGAGGAAAUUGAGGCAGAAUAUAAUAUACUUAAAGCACUCUCUGAUCACCCCAACGUAGUCAAGUUUUAUGGAAUGUACUUCAAGAAGGAUGCAAAGACUGGUGAUCAAUUAUGGCUUGUCCUAGAGCUGUGCAACGGAGGAUCUGUUACUGAUCUUGCAAAGGGACUUCUGAAAAGAGGAGAAAGGAUGAAUGAAUCCAUUAUAGCUUACAUUCUGCAUGAAGCUCUAAUGGGCCUUCAGCACUUACACAACCAUAAAACCAUUCACCGUGAUGUCAAAGGAAACAACAUUCUGCUCACUACCGAUGGAGGAGUUAAGUUGGUUGACUUCGGUGUAUCUGCACAACUAACCAAUACACGACUGCAACGCAAUACAUCAGUGGGAACACCUUUCUGGAUGGCACCUGAGGUAAUUGCUUGUGAACAGCAAGUGGAUACAACAUAUGAUGCAAGGUGUGAUGUUUGGUCGUUAGGAAUUACAGCCAUAGAGCUUGGCGAUGGGGAUCCUCCUUUGGCUGAUGUUCAUCCCAUGAGAGCCCUCUUCAAAAUACCCAGGAACCCGUCACCUUCACUGCGUCAACCGGAGCUGUGGUCAUCAGAAUUCAAUGACUUCAUUAAAAGUUGCCUUACGAAGGAUUUUGAAAAGCGGCCAAUGGUUUGCGACCUCUUGGAACAUGCAUUUAUUAAGCAAAUUAAGGGUAAUGAAAAAGCACUCCAAAAGCAGCUGAUGGAAUUCAUUGAUAUUCACCAGCAAAUGGGAAUUAUGGAGAAAAAAAGACACGAACGGAUUCAUACCAAGAAAGGCAUCUUCAGAGAGUCUAUGACACCCAACCAGAAUGAUGUGGAUGACUUGGCAACAUUAGAGGUCCUGGAUGAGAAUUCUGUAACAGACCAGCUUCAGAAACGAUAUAACAGAGAUCAGAUAUACACCUAUGUGGGCGAUAUUCUUGUUGCAGUCAAUCCGUUCAGAAGCUUGGAUAUUUAUUCUUCUCAGUAUUCUCAGCUGUACCUAGGAGAAAAGAGAACUGCCAACCCUCCUCAUAUUUUUGCUGUGGCUGACAUAGCGUAUCAGUCUAUGGUUACAUAUAAUACAGAUCAGUGUAUAGUUAUAUCUGGAGAAAGUGGAGCAGGAAAGACAGAAGGUGCUCACCUCUUGGUCCAACAACUAACAGUACUUGGAAAGGCGAACAAUAGAACAUUGCAAGAAAAAAUACUGCAGGUCAAUAACCUGGUGGAAGCCUUCGGAAAUGCCUGCACUAUUAUUAAUGAGAAUUCGAGUCGCUUUGGAAAAUACCUAGAAAUGAAGUUCACAAACAAUGGAACAGUAGUUGCAGCCCAAAUCUCUGAGUAUCUUCUUGAAAAAUCCAGAGUUGUUAAUCAGGCCUUAGGAGAAAAGAAUUUUCACAUAUUCUACUAUAUCUAUGCUGGAUUGUCAGAAAAGAACAAACUUGCACAUUAUAAAUUGGCGGAAAACAAGCCUCCUAGAUAUCUACAAAAUGAACAUAUUAAAAUGGUACAAGACUUUAUGAAUAAUCCUUUCUAUAAAAGCCAGUUUGAUUUAAUUGAACAAUGUUUCAAGGUAAUAGGUUUUACACUGGAGGAGCUUGGAAGUGUGUAUAGCAUUCUAGCUGCCAUUUUGAAUGUGGGUAAUAUCGAUUUUACAUCGGUGGCCUCAGAACAUCAGAUAGACAAAAGCAACAUCUCCAACCCAGCGGUGCUUGAAAACUCUGCCUCCUUGCUGUGUAUCCAGCCCGAUGAAUUACAAGACGCUCUGACCUCACACUGUGUGGUGACACGCGGGGAGACAAUCAUCCGCCAAAAUACAGUGGAAAAAGCAGCAGAUGUCCGCGAUGCUAUGUCCAAAGCCUUGUAUGGACGGCUCUUUAGUUGGAUUGUUAACCGAAUUAAUGUGUUACUAAAACCAAAUGAACAUUUAAGCGAAGAUGACACUGGGUAUAAUAUUGGAAUACUUGAUAUAUUUGGCUUUGAGAAUUUUAAAAAGAACUCAUUUGAACAACUCUGCAUUAACAUUGCCAAUGAACAAAUUCAGUUUUAUUUUAAUCAGCACAUUUUUGCCUGGGAACAGAAUGAAUAUAUAAAUGAAGAUGUGGAUGCACGAUUAAUUGAGUACGAGGACAACAGGCCACUUUUGGACAUGUUCCUACAAAAACCAAUGGGUCUGCUCUCACUCCUCGAUGAAGAAAUUAGAUUCCCAAGGGCAACAGAUCAGACACUUGUAGAGAAAUUUGAGGAUAAUCUGAAAUCAAAGUAUUUCUGGAGGCCUAAGGGGGUGGACCUAACCUUUGGAAUCCAUCACUAUGCGGGCAAGGUUCUCUACAAUGCAUGCGGAUUUCUGGAAAAGAACAGAGAUACUUUGCCGGCAGACAUAGUGCUUCUUCUGCGAUCCUCUGAAAACAAUCUAAUUCGCAUUUUAGUAACUAAUCCCCUCACAAAAACAGGUAAUCUUGCGCACACCAAAACUAAAGGAGGAAACAAUUCACAAUCAUGGACGACACAAAAAUGUUCCAGCCGCAGCAAGAGUGACUUUGGAGAUGCCCAUCACCCAAGAGAGACUACAAACAUGAAAACUCAAACUGUUGCUUCCUACUUUAGGUAUUCGCUCAUGGAUUUAUUGUCAAAAAUGGUGGCUGGCCAGCCGCACUUUGUUCGAUGUAUCAAGCCAAAUAACGAUCGUCUACCAAACAAGUUUGACCGAGAAAAGGUUCUGGUCCAGCUGAGAUAUACAGGCAUUUUGGAAACUGCAAGAAUCCGUAGAAUGGGCUACUCGCAUCGGAUACUUUUUGCUAACUUUAUAAUGCGGUAUCACCUUAUUUGUUUUAAGUCAAAUGAAGAUCCACCGGUCAGCCCGGAAAGCUGCACCGCUAUACUAGAAAAAGCAAAGCUAGACCUCUGGGUCAUGGGAAAAACAAAGGUGUUCCUUAAAUAUUACCACAUAGAACAACUCAAUAGGAUGGUAAAGACCAUAGUUGGAAGAAUUGUUCUUCUUCAGGCUUGUGUCAAAGGAUGGCUCGGAGCAAAGAGAUACCAAAAAAAGCGGCUCUUAAGAGAACAAAGUGCAGUGAAAAUACAGUCGGCCUACAGGGGCUAUGCUGUCCGCAAAGAAACAGGACAAACAAAACUGGAGAAGAUGGAAAAUUUCAUUGUGCAAUUCCAAGCAGUUGCCAGAGGGUAUCUAGUGAGGAAGGAAAGGAGUGAAAUGCGGAAACAAGAGAAUGAAGCGGCAACAAAAAUCCAAUCCCACUAUCGAGGGUUUAAGGAGCGACGGAGCUUUCAGAGGAAACGCGAGUCAAUGAAGAAAAAACAACAUGCCACACCAGAUGACAUGAUAGUAAAUGAUGAACCAGUGGGGAUGGAUCAAGAGAACAAAAGUCCAGAGGGUAAAAAUGAGGAAGAAGCCGCUAUUGUUAUUCAAAGUCACUUCAGGGGACACAGACAAAGGAAGCAAAUGAAAGAAGGAUAUAGAAAAGAGAAAGAAUCAGAUAUUACAACAGAGGAAAUCCAAGAACUAAAGGAUACUGAAGUUCUCAAAAAGAAUCACAAUGAUGUUGGUAUUGAUAGCAGUUAUCCCAGAGAAGAUAAAGCUGCCAUUAUUAUCCAAAGCAAUUACCGUGGUCAUAGAGAAAGAAAAAAACUCCAAGAAGGUCGACAAAUGGACAAAGAUAAUACAACCUUGGCCCAACUUAACCCUACUGAUCAGUUUAUUGAAAUAAACGCAACACCAGAUGCCCAGGAGGAGGAUCAACAGAUGGUUAAAGGAGCGCUAAACUCCCAAACAUCUCAAGACCAUGUAGUGGACCCUGAUCUUAAACAUGGUACUGAUUCAACUAAUGAAAGUUCCAAUUCUACCACACAAGGCAACACAAAUGAUAUCAGCCAAACUAUACAAGAACCACGGCCAUGCAAAGGGGAAGUGGAGGAAUCUACAGAAGAAGACGAUUUAGAAAGAGCUGCUGUAGUUAUCCAGAGUAAUUAUCGUGGAUUCAGAGACAGAGAGAAAUUAAAAAAGGAAGGAAGGCUACAUGGAAAAAACAAUGAAGCGACGAAUGCAGUUUGUGAAACAAAUGACACAAUUUUAAACUUUACCAUGCUAAAGGAAAUUGAAGAUCUUUCAGUUUUUACAGAACAGAUCUCAAAAUUGUCAGAGAACUAUUUGGUUCUACAGCAGAAGCUUAAUGAUAUGAUUCUGUUAAAUCAACUAAAACCAGAAAAGACUGCUCUGUACUUGAAGGAAAACCAGAGAAGUGAAAACAAUACUAUAGAAAUGCAAAAAGUUGCCACACAAAUAGAAGAUACCAAGUUACAGAGGACCUCAAGAAGGCAAAAUCCUAAGACGUUAAACAGCCCAGAUGACUCUACAUACUACAGUCUCCUACAUCUACCACUCAAAGACGAAAAACGAAAACCGAGAAAGGAAAGUAAAGGCAAAAGGCUGGAUUCAGAAGAUUAUUAUAAGGAAAUUUAUUCCAACAAUUCGGUUUCUGUAAAUAACCAAAACCAACAUGAUGAUUUUUCUGCUAUGGAAUUUUCGGUCUUAAACCCAGCUGAAAGAUCAUCUGAAGCCGAACACCAAACAAAUAAAAUGAAGGACAAUCCAUACGACUACAGGAAACUUCUCAGAAAAACGUCGCAACGCGAACGCCUUAUUCAGAAUUUUUAAUUUUGACCUUUUUCAAUGAUGCUCUUUAUUAAAAUCUGUCAGGGACAACA